AUGUAUUCGAAUCGACUUUUCUCGCGUGUAUUGUUCACGACUUCUGAUGCCCUUGGUGCAAGAGCCAGUGUUGGCCUACAAACCAAUGUGACACGCAAAAUGAGCGCAUUUGCUAAAUUCAUGGAAACGAUAAAGGAGCAAGUUGAAAAGAAUAAAGAAUUACAAAGAAACGUAAAAUUAUUGCAGGAUCGCGCCGGACAACUCGGGGAAUCCGAAACUUUACGAAGGGCAAAGGAAGCAUACGCCAAAGCUAAGGAAGGUGCCGAGUCUACUACAACGAUUGGUUCGGAAAAACUUAGGAAAUCUGUGGACGAAAUCAAAAAAACAGCCGAAAAGAUAGGAUCCUCGGUGUCGGACACGUUAAAAGAGGUUGGCGAGACACCGUUUGUUAAGGGAACUCAAGAGAAGAUUUCAACGUUGACAGACAAAGUUUCUGCAUCCACUGAACCAAUACGGAAAACUAAAGCGUAUACAAAUAUUCGGGAUACACUAAAAGAGACAGUAGGUGACGAUGCAUCGCGAUAUGGGGGAUUCGUUGAUAAGGAGACGAGGCAAAGAAUGAAAGAAAAGGCCAUGAGUUAUCACGGAACACCAUUUCCGCAAAACCCAGAAGCUGGCUCAUCCAUGGUACUUCACAAAGAUUCAGCCUGGAAAGAAAGUUGGAACAAGUUUAAGGAAAAUAAUCCAAUCAUGCAAGGGAUAUUUAACUUAAAAAGAAAUUAUCAAGAUAGUGAUAAUAUUUUUGUUGCAUACACCCGAGCAUUUACUGACCGAGUAUCGGAUGCAUUAGGAUCUUUCUUCGAAGAGAAUGAGACCGCUCAGGCAAUCUCCCAGUUAAAGUUGAUAGAUCCGAGAUUUAACGUUGAGGAUUUCUUGAGAGAAGCUCGAGAAUACAUUGUGCCCGAAAUUAUGGAGGCUUAUUUGAAAGGGGACACCGAAACCUUAAAAAAAUGGUGUUCAGAGGCGACAUAUACUGUGCUUACACAUGGAAUAGACGAUCAAAAAGGUCUUUUGAAUGAUUCAAAGAUACUUGACAUCAGAAAUGUUGAGCUCUUUGCGGCAAGGGUAUUGGAAAAUGGUUUGCCGGUCUUAAUCAUAUCUUUUAACACACAAGAAGUAAUAGUAUUUCGCGAUAAGAUCACACAAAAGAUAAUGUAUGGGCGUGACGAUCAAAUCGAUCAAGUUACAUAUGCUUGCGUAAUUACCAAACAAGAAGAUAGCGCUGAUCCUUUUACUAAUGGAUGGAGGAUUAUAGAGAUGGCAAAGAAUAGGUCGCAACAGUUGUUAUGUAUAUUCGCGAUCACCGUUCAAUCCAAUAUUAAUGUGACAUUCAUUAAACCUCAUCCAUUAUGGAAAGCAAUCAAUCCACAAAGUACGGCAGCUACUAGAAAUAUAAGGCUAAUGAAAAACCAAAUUACGCCCCACACUUGCGAGGGACAACAUUUAGUCAGUUUUGCAAAUUUGCUUGCGUCAGAUUCGUUGACUUUCCGGAUUACUAAAUUGGGUAGUUGA